ACAAUCGACUUCUCUGCAGCUCGCAAUCUCUCUCGCACAUUUUGAUCACGGCGUUGCUUUCCGUCAUCAACGCGGCCGAAAACCCCAACCCGAUUCUCCCUCGCGCUCACCGUCUCCCUAUCUCCUCCAGCCGACGCUAUCACCUGCCGACUGCCAUUGCGCCGUUCGACUCACCGGACGACGACCAGCACGCCAACGUUCUAGCUUGCAUGACGACCAGAACCGUUCGACUCUCUUUCUCCUCGUGCCGCGCUCAAGAGUUCAGCUUACACGCCACCGUUUGCCGCCGUCACAUCAAACUCACGAAUCUGGUCGUAGCUUAGUUGUUCGCUCGCGUCGCGAAGUUCUUGUCUCAUAUUUAUCUUGUACCGCAGCUGUGAAUACCGUGCCUCCGCUGUUCUCAGCUAAACUUUGGCUUUGGGCAUUUUGAUGCUAGAUUUGAGUUCUUGAAGGAUUUAGCUGCUGUCUAGCCGAGAAGAAGUGAAUUCUUUGGGUGUUCGACCCAAAUUUGGGUCAAAUUGAAGUGGAAAAAGCAUAUAAUCUCGGGGGAUCGAGUCAUUGAUAUUGGCGGUUAAGGACUAAACAUACGUUGGGCUCCUCAUCAUUGGUGGUGAUGCUGAGUUUCUAGACCUUGGUGAUGCUGAAGUGGGAGCUUGAGAAAGAUUGACCAUUAGGCGUGUUUGUUUUGUUUUGCCACUUCCCUUAUUCACUCAUUUUUUUACCCUAUCCCAGUCUCACAUAUUCUCUCAUAUCCUAUACAAACAAUCGAAGCAAUCUAUUCUAUUGGUUUUUUUGCUAGAAUGGAAGCCCAAUGUUCUCUCUGUCGGUCUUGCCCAAAUUUCUCUUUUCCGUUGAUUCGAUCUCCCAAUUAUUCAUUCCUUUUGAAGCUUCCUUCUUCGUCUUUUUUUUCUUCUUCUUCUUCCUUUGUCCAAACCAAUCAUUCCACUUUGCGUAGUGUUUGGUUCAAGGAAAAUAUUGCUUGUAGGAAGGUUGUGAGUGCCAGUCUCGAAGGGGAAGUUUCAAAAACUGUGAUUCAGAAGAAGAAACUUGCUGUUUUUGUCUCUGGUGGAGGCUCCAAUUUCCGUUCGAUUCACGAGGCUUCUCUUGAAGGAUUGGUUCAUGGAGAAAUUGUUGUUGUGGUUACUAACAAAAGUAGCUGUGGCGGUGCAGAAUAUGCAAGAAGUAAGAACAUUCCAGUUCUUUUGUUUCCAAAAACCAAAGAUGAACCCCAUGGCUUAUCUGCAUCUGAGCUUGUAGCUACCCUUAGACACUUUGAGAUUGAUUUCAUUCUUCUGGCUGGAUACCUAAAACUUAUACCCCUUGAAUUGAUACAAGCUUAUUCCAAAUGUAUACUAAAUAUACACCCAUCACUUCUUCCUGCUUUUGGAGGCAAAGGGUACUAUGGAAUGAAGGUGCACAAGGCAGUGGUUAACUCUGGAGCUCGGUUUUCAGGUGCAACAAUCCAUUUGGUUGAUGAGCACUUUGACACUGGACGGAUUCUUGCUCAAAGAGUGGUUCCUGUGCUUUCAAAUGAUUCAGCGGAGGAUCUAGCAGCUAGGGUUCUUAAGGAGGAGCACCGUCUUUACGCUGAAGUAGUUGCAGCAUUGUGCGACGAACGAAUCAUUUGGAGAUCAGAUGGUGUUCCUCUCAUUCAAAGCAAAGAAAAUCCUAAUGAAUUUUACUAGUGACCUGAAAAAUGCUUGAAAUUUGAGGCUCAAACCUUCUUGAUAGAUCUUUGUAAUAAUGAUAUCUGCAAACCAUGAAGUUUGAGCUUUUUUUUUUCACAAAAUAAAGUUGCAGCCUACCCUCUCUAUAACUAGGGCUCAUGGGAACAGUUUUUAAAGAUCAUUGCACUGGAUUUUGUAGUGUUAUUAGUUUGAGAACCACAUUUUGUCUUCAUUUGUUUGCAAAAUGCAUAAUCUUCUUAUUUAUUGUUA